AUGCGAUCCGGUUUAGAGUCGAUGCUCACACAUGACGGCAAUCUCAGUGCAUAUGAUAUGCAUGAAUGGCAUGUCGUUCGAGUGUCGGGACGACCGGCGAGUCCGAAGAGUCAGUUGGAGGCGGAGAAGAGGAUUCGUCGCGAAAUAGCCAAUAGUAAUGAGAGGCGCAGAAUGCAGUCCAUUAACGCCGGCUUCCAGUCGUUGCGGACACUACUGCCCCAUCACGACGGAGAGAAACUGAGCAAAGCGGCUAUAUUGCAACACACGGCUGAUUACAUCUAUCAGUUGGAACAGGAGAAGACCCGACUCCUCGCCCAGAACUGUCAACUCAAGCGACUUGUCAACAGCCAAAUGGCCACCGAUGGCGACCUUUCCAAUGAUAACUCCCCUCUCCAUAAGCGGAUCAAACUUGAGAAGACACACACACCCAGUGGUGUCGAUUCGUGCGACUCUUCCGACGAAGUCCUUUGUCGCAGUCCUAAGUCCAACAUCACAUCACUGGUCGACUCGACCGACCUCUCCAACGACGACCUCAAGCGUGAAAUGGUUGAACUCAGGCUUCAGUUGGACAGAGAGAGGCGCCUAAGGAUGACACUCGAGGACCAAACGAGAUCUCUGGAGACACAGCUGUACCCCGAGAAGAUCCGAGAGAUCGCCCACAACGUGCAGUAUCACUACCAACCAGUGAAAAUCAAUGACAUGUCGAGCAGUUCCCAAGAGUUGUCUGAAUCAGACCUGGCGUCCGACGAAGUGAUCGGCCAAACGGUCGAAAUCGAGGCA